AUGGCAUCGUUUCUGGAAAAUGCAUACACUCUAGUCCAUAUGGACAACACUGCGGAUCAGCCUACCCUACAGGAGCUGAAAUUGCAGUUGGAGAAGGGCACCGAUGAGACGAAAUUGGACACAAUGCGGCAGAUCAUUAUGAUCAUGCUCAAUGGAGAUCCCCUGGCUCAACUCUUGAUGCAUAUUAUUCGAUUCGUCAUGCCGUCGCGGAGCAAGCCGCUCAAGAAACUGCUGUAUUUCUACUACGAAAUCUGCCCCAAGCAUGACUCCAAUGGCAAGCUCAAACAAGAAAUGAUCCUGGUGUGUAAUGGUAUUCGCAAUGACCUCCAGCACCCCAAUGAAUACGUUCGAGGCAACACACUUCGCUUUCUGUGCAAGCUCCGAGAGCCGGAACUCAUCGAACCCCUCCUGUCAUCCGCACGCUCUUGCUUGCAACAUCGCCAUGCGUAUGUGAGGAAAAACGCAGUUUGGGCCGUCGCUUCUAUUUUCCAGCACUCGGAGUCCCUAAUCCCGGAUGCCCCUGAACUCAUCCAAACCUUCCUCGACACUGAAACCGAUGGAACCUGCAAGCGCAACGCGUUUGCAGCGCUGAUGUCUAUUAGCCACCAGAAGGCCCUGGAGUAUCUUGCUUCGACAUUCGACAGUAUUCCGAACACCGAUGAACUCCUCCAGCUGGUGGAGCUUGAAUUCAUCCGCAAGGAUGCUGUCCAGAACUCACAGAACAAGGCGAGAUACUUGCGUCUAAUUUUUGAUCUCCUCGAUGCGUCGACAAGCACUGUGAUAUAUGAGGCUGCGAUGUCUCUGACGGCACUUACCAGUAAUCCCGUGGCUGUGAAGGCUGCGGCAAGCAAGCUGAUCGAGCUAUGCAUUAGAGAGGCCGACAACAACGUCAAACUCAUCGUCCUUGACCGGGUUGAUCAACUCCGGAUUCGCAAUGAGGGUGUCCUAGAUGACCUCACAAUGGAGAUCCUCCGUGUCCUCUCCAGUCCUGAUAUCGACGUCCGGCGGAAGGCCCUGAGCAUUGCUUUGGAAAUGGUCACGAGCAAGAAUGUGGAAGAGAUUGUCAUGCUCCUGAAGAAGGAACUUGCGAAGACAGUAGACGAACAAUAUGAAAAGAACAGCGAAUACCGCCAGCUCAUUAUCCAAUCGAUACAUACCUGCGCCAUCAAGUUCUCGGAAAUUGCUGCUAGCGUGGUUGACCUUUUGAUGGACUUCAUCGCCGACUUCAACAACAACUCCGCGGUGGACGUUAUCUCCUUUGUCAAAGAGGUUGUGGAGAAGUUCCCUGACCUGCGAUCCUCUAUCAUUGACCGUUUGGUUGCUACGUUGAGUGAAGUCCGUGCCGGCAAGGUUUAUCGCGGGGUCCUGUGGGUUGUAGGUGAGUAUUCUCUAGAAGAGAAGGAUAUCCGGGAGGCUUGGAAGCGCAUCAGAGCCAGCCUAGGAGAAAUCCCCAUUCUAGCCUCGGAACAGCGUCUUCUUGAUGAAGUCCCAGAUGAGAAUGCAAUCAAGGAGCAAGUCAACGGCCACAUUAAGUCAUCGGCGCCUACGGGAUCCAGGAAGGUGUUGGCCGACGGGACUUAUGCGACCGAGAGCGCUCUUACUAGCGAGUCGGCGGCUGCUGCCAAGCUCGAGGCCGUCAAGGCCGCCCAAAAGCCUCCUCUCCGUCAAUUGAUCCUGGAUGGCGAUUUCUACCUCGCUACGGUCCUUUCCUCUACUCUGACAAAACUCGUGAUGCGCCACUCAGAGGUCUCUGACGAUGCUGCCCGGACCAACGCCCUGCGCGCGGAAGCGAUGCUGAUCAUGAUCUCGAUUAUCCGUGUCGGCCAAUCUCAAUUUGUCAAGGCUCCUAUCGAUGAAGACUCCGUGGACCGUAUUAUGUGCUGCGUGCGCUCGCUUGCCAAGUUCUCGCAAAAUAAGGACCUGGAGACUAGCUUCUUGGAGGAUACCCGGAAAGCGUUCCGAGCGAUGGUUCAGGUCGAAGAUAAGAAGCGAGCGGCAAAGGAGGCUGUCGAGAAGGCCAAGAGCGCUGUUCAGAUCGACGAUACGAUCCCAAUUCGGCAAUUCGCAAGGAAGAACGAUCUGGAAGGCGCUGAGGAGAUUGAGCUCGACCUAGCCAAGGCCACCGGUGGCGAUUCUACCGUGGAGACUGUUUCUUCGAAACUGAGUCGGGUGGUGCAACUGACUGGCUUCUCGGACCCCGUUUACGCCGAAGCCUACGUCACUGUCCAUCAAUUUGAUAUCGUUCUGGACGUGCUUCUGGUCAACCAGACCCUGGAGACCCUGCAGAACCUCUCGGUCGAGUUCGCCACUCUUGGAGACUUAAAAGUCGUUGAGCGACCGGCAACACACAACCUCGGACCCCGCGAUUUCUUGAACGUGCAGGCUACAAUCAAGGUGUCGUCGACGGAUACUGGGGUUAUCUUCGGUAACAUCGUCUACGACGGCGCUAGCUCCACGGAGUCGCACGUUGUUAUUCUCAAUGACAUCCACGCCGACAUCAUGGACUACAUCCAGCCUGCCCACUGUACUGAGACCCAGUUCCGGACGAUGUGGACUGAGUUCGAGUGGGAAAACAAGGUGAACAUCAACUCCAAGGCGAAGGACCUUCGUGAAUUCCUCAAGCAACUCAUGGAGAGCACCAACAUGGCGUGUCUGACGCCGGAUGCGUCGCUCAAGGGCGACUGCCGGUUCUUGAGUGCGAAUCUAUAUGCCCGGAGCGUAUUUGGUGAGGACGCACUGGCGAACCUGAGUAUUGAGAAGGAAGGAGACGAUGGGCCGAUCACCGGUUUUGUGCGGAUACGAAGCCGAUCGCAAGGACUGGCCCUGAGCCUGGGAUCCCUCAAGGGCCUCAAGGCGUCGACUGUGUGA